UCUCAGCGGUGGGCAAGGAAGCGCUGCCGGCCGCUCGGUCGCCAUGUCGCUGCUCUGCUACAACCGGGGCUGCGGACAGCGCUUCGACCCCGAAACCAAUAAGGAGGAUUCAUGCACAUACCAUCCAGGUGUGCCAGUGUUUCAUGAUGCUCUGAAAGGUUGGUCAUGUUGUAAGAGAAGAACAACAGACUUCUCUGACUUCUUAAGCAUUGUGGGCUGUACAAAGGGUCUUCAUAACAGUGAGAAACCUCCUGAGCCUGUUAAACCAGAAGUCAAAACAACCUCUGAACGAAAGGAGCUAGCUGAACUCAAGCCCAGAUUUCAAGAACACAUCAUUCAGGCACCAAAACCGCUGGAAACAAUUAAAAGGCCAAGCCCAGAUGAACCAAUGACAAAACUGCAGCUGAAGGUGUCAGCUUCCCUCAAGCAAGCAUUAGAUAAACUGAGACUGUCAUCAGAAAGUGAAGAGAAAAAAGAGGAAGACGGUGAUGAAAUCAAGAUUGGGACUGCAUGUAAAAAUGCAGGCUGCUCAAAAACCUAUGAAGGACCACAAAGCGCAGAAGAAGUAUGUAUAUACCAUUCUGGUGUACCUAUAUUCCAUGAAGGGAUGAAGUAUUGGAGCUGUUGCAAAAGAAAAACAUCUGACUUCAAUACAUUUUUAGCUCAAGAAGGCUGCACAACAGGGACACAUGUAUGGACUAAGAAGGAUGCAGGUAAGAAAGUAGUUCCAUGCAGGCAUGAUUGGCACCAGACUGGAGGAGAAGUGACUAUUUCUGUAUAUGCUAAAAACUCUGUUCCUGAUCUGAGCUAUGUAGAAGCAAACAGCACAAUGUUAAAUAUCCACAUUGUGUUUGAAGGAGAGAAGGAGUUCCAUCGGAGUGUGAAAUUAUGGGGAGUAAUCGAUGUGAAGAGGAGUUACGUGAACAUGACAGCUACAAAGAUCGAGCUGACGAUGAGAAAAGCGGAGCCCCUGCUCUGGGCGAGUCUGGAGUUACCAGCAGUCAGCACACAACAGAAAAAAGAGGGGUCAGAUCAAUAAUAAUUCCAGGAGACAAGUUCUUUCCCAUUCUGAAUUGGUGACUUGCUACUGUAAUCAUAUAUUUAACUUUUAUAUAGAUUCUUUUUUGUCUGUCAUGCUGGCUCCUAUGUUCCAUUCUACAACCAAAUUUGACGCACAGUGGCUGGGGGUGUACACUUGAAGGGUAGCAGCUCUUUCUGCUUGUGUCUUUAUUCUAGCUAGAGCAUCUCCAUGGGGAUUUGGAGUACAAGAGCUAUUGCCCUUUGCUUCCAGCCUUACUUGCCAUGCACUGACUACCCAAACAGACGUGUUCUCAGCCCACCCCAUGUGUUCA